GAAGUCUAUUAACCACUGACACGGAAAUACGUCAUUUAUUUCAGACUAAAACCGCGGCAGCGGUAAUACUCAAUAAUACUUGGUGGAGUUGCUGGAUAGGAGAGCAUGUUUUAAUGUACCAGACAGACCGGGCGGGCGGGGUUUAAUGGUGCGCUUAACUAAACUGGUGGUUUCUGAUUAAAUCAGAAAUACAUGUCUCAGGCAUAACAUUAUGACCACCGACAAGUACAGUGGCUGAUGACCCUUCAUCAUGGCUGCUGUAAGUGGGUGGGAAUUAUUGGACUUAAGACAGGGGCAAUCCCUGUCCUCUGGCGUCCUGCGACUCUCAGCUGUCUCUCUGGUCCAACACAGCAGAAUCUCCUCCUCAGUGCAGUCAGGUUCUCCAGAGUCCUGCUAAUCACCUCAAUUAUGUGACUCAGGUGUGUUGAAGCAGAGGCGCAUCUAAACUCUGCAGGCGUGGGCUGCCCAGCCCUGGCUUAACAUUCAGGCAGGUGGUCAUAAUGUUAUGCCCGAUCUGUGUAAACAGUGAGGUGGCCUUCAGAAGGUUCUGGUUCUACUGAACAUUUCCCAUUUCUUCUUCUUCUGUGACUUUAACAUCCCUUUUGUCCUGAUCCAUCCUGACCUCCAGCGUCACCAUGACCUCCAGCGCCGCUCUGCUCGCCUGGUCCAGAUUCGGGUUCUGUGCGUCCAGAACCGCUUCCUCCUCAUGCAGAGUCCUGGUCCGAUCCGCCUGCAGUCGCUCUUGGUCCAGCGGCGUUAAGGUGCGCUCCUACCUGCAGUACAUGAAGCGGAAGCUCCGCCCCCCUCCAACCCCCCCCUACAGCCAUGUGUGCCAGGUGGGCGACCCGGUCCUGCGCUGCCGGGCCGCCGGCGUGGACCCGGCGGCCAUAGCGGGCCCGGAGAUCCAGCGGGUUCUGGUAACCAUGGUGACAGUGAUGAGGAGGCUGCAAUGCGUGGGUCUGAGCGCGCCGCAGGUGGGCGUGCCGCUCCGCAUCCUGAUGCUGGAGUAUCCCUGGAACCUGUUCGAGGCGGUUCCGCCCGCGGCCCGGCGGGCCCUCGGCCUCUCCAUCCAGCCGCUCCGGAUCUUUCUGAACCCGGAGCUCCGGGUUCUGGACAGCAGCACGGUUCUGUCUCAGGAGGCCUGCGAGAGCGUCUCGGGCUUCUCCGCCGCCGUGCCGCGGUUCCGAUCCGUGGAAGUGUCAGGCCUGAACGAGAAAGGUCAAGAGGUCACCUGGCAGGCGAGCGGCUGGCCGGCCCGGAUCCUGCAGCACGAGAUGGACCACCUGGACGGAGUUCUGUACCUGGACCGCAUGGACUCCAGAACCUUCGUCAACAUCAACUGGCAGGAGCACAACGAGUAGCGCCAGCCGGCCCCGGGCAUACGCAGAGCUGGACCCUGGUUCUGGUGAACCAAACAGGUCAAAUAAAAUCUCUUUAAGAUGAAA